AUGACCGGAACAGCUUCGAGCAAGCAAGGCGCCGAGUCUGCCAAUGUGCUUUGCAGUUGGAGCAUCCUCGAGCAGGACAUCACCUCGACACUGCUGGUGUUAAAUCUACAGCAUGCCGCCAGGUCGCGAGAAAUCAAGGAGCCAUGGGCAAAGCUCGGGAGUCCGGCCAUCAUCAAGUCAUGUUCAAGCAAGGGCAUGCGGAAUAUCGAGACCAAGAGAUUCAUCAUCUUGCCAGAAGCACGGCUUGGCCAGCAACCGGGGCGACAGUGCCCAGGACCCCAGGUGUAUUGUCAGCUUGGUGGUGGCCUCCGGCAAGCUUGUGUAUCGCCGAGUUCAUACAGCAAGAAGUCCGGAGAUGUCGCGGGCAGAGUCCGGCCCGAACUAUCAGGCAGGUGGCGCAACUCCCACAAGUUCCCAGCGGCCGCCGAAUUGGAGCUUCCUUGUGACGGCUACUGA